UAUUCGUUUAGCUGCGUAUGUAUAUUUAUAGUGUUUUUACACUUCGGUGAUUCAGUCUUCAAUCUUUUCCACCUAUAUAGUAUUCUUGACUAUGGUCAUGGUUCCAGUCAAUAGAAGCAACCGGUAGACUAGUUUAGGCGGAACUYCGAAAUUUGUCAAUAACAGAUACAUAGAUAAAGGAAAUUUCCUUAAUCUAUGAAGAGAUACACAAUAUCUUACGAAUUAAUUUAUAGAUAUUCUAUUUAAAUUAAAUACGUAUUGGUCUUAAAUCUUAAUAGUUAGAUUAUUUUACGUACUACACACGUUACACAAUGGAAAAUUUAUACCACCAGACAAAUAGGUUGAUAUUAGAAACUCAAGAAUUAUUCCAUAGGUUGGAGAGUUCAAAAUCCGAACUAGUCGAAGCAGAUGUACAAUCCAGAAUAUUAACCAUUUCACAAAAUUGUGAACACCUAGACAUUCUCGUACACAAAGAACCUGUUUCCAGACGCAAUAAUGCCAAACUACGUGUGGAUCAACUAAAAUACGAUUACCAGCACUUACAGUCAGCAUUAAGAACACAUCAACAAAAUCAGCUGAGGAGAUUGAGAGCUGAGCAGGAACGUGAAGAAUUGUUAAAUCGUAGGUUUACAAGAAAUUCAGACAUGAAGGAUACAACAAUAUUAAUCGAUAGUUCAAUACAACAUCAAAAUUCACUACAAGGAGCAAAUCGAGGAGUUGAUGAUUUAUUAGGAUCUGGUGUCAGUAUACUACAAAGUUUGCGUGAACAACGUGAUAAAUUAACAAGCACCCRAAAUCGUUUGACUGGAAUUUUUGGUUCGCUUAGGCUUUCGAAUACAACUAUGAAAUAUAUUGAAAAGAGAUUAAAAGAAGAUAGGUACAUACUAUAUGGAGGAAUGGCUAUCACAAUCCUCAUUAUAAUUAUAGUAAUGAUAUAUUUCAGUUGAUGAUCAUUGAUCAAAUAACGUUUAUAUUUUGGUGAGUUAUACCUUAGAUUAUAAUACUGUAAUCUUCCUUAUAGUGUUAAGUUUUACAUGUAUCUAGCAGUUAAUUGUUACUAUUUAUUAAAUUAUUUUUAUACACAACUAAAAUAUUUUUUAAUUGUUUAA